AUGCCCGAUUCAAUUAUUAUUAGGCAGGUUCAAGAGGGAGACCAGCGUGAAUGGGAACGUCUCUGGAAGCUAUUUCAAAUUUUUCACAAUGUCACUCCAACAGAUGAGUUGAGUAAAGCUAACUUCCAGCGGUUCUUGGACCCUCAAAUCAAAAUGUGGGCAGCAUUGGCUAUCGAUUUAGAAACUGGAAAAGCUCUUGGUAUGGUCAAUUAUUUUAGUCAUAUCACCACCUGGGCUACUAAGGAUAAGAUCUUGUUAAACGAUCUAUACGUUGACGAAACUGCAAGGGUCAGAGGCUUGGGAAGACAGCUCGUCCAAUAUGUAUAUGAUGAAGCAGAUAAAAUGAACACCCCGCACGUAUACUGGUGUACCGACUACUUCAACCAUAGAGCCCAAAUUCUCUAUACCAAAGUUGGCUAUCAGACUUCCAGAGUCAUUUACAGAAGGACAGGCCAUUGA